CUAUUGCGGGACGCCCAGGCGGGCAGAGCGCGGCGCCGGUUGGAGACAGGCGAGCCGGAGCCGGGACCGGAGCGGGCCACACGCCGGCCGGUGGAUCCUGCAGCCGGCUUUCCCCGCAGCGCCCCCCGGAUCCGCUGCGCCUCGGGGCCGGGGCGAUGCCGAGCAGCCCGCGGGCGGCCGCGGCCGGGCAGCCCCGUGGAACGUCGAGACGCUGAAAAUUGUUACAUCGCGUUCGGAAGUUGGAAUCCGGGGCGCGGCGCAGCCCGCCGCUGACCUCUGUCCCGCUCGGCCUUGUAUGGACUGUACUGCUCGCCCGCAGCCAUGGGGAAAAUGCUGUCCAAGAUCUUCGGCAAUAAGGAGAUGCGGAUUCUGAUGCUAGGACUGGACGCGGCCGGGAAGACCACCAUCCUUUACAAGCUGAAGCUGGGCCAGUCGGUCACCACCAUCCCCACCGUGGGCUUCAACGUAGAGACGGUGACCUACAAGAACGUCAAGUUCAACGUCUGGGACGUGGGGGGCCAGGACAAGAUCCGGCCCCUCUGGAGACACUACUACACGGGUACCCAAGGGCUCAUCUUCGUGGUGGACUGCGCCGAUCGUGACCGGAUCGACGAAGGCCGGCAGGAGCUGCACCGCAUCAUUAACGACCGGGAGAUGCGAGACGCCAUCAUCCUCAUCUUCGCCAACAAGCAGGAUCUACCCGACGCCAUGAAGCCCCACGAAAUCCAGGAGAAACUGGGACUGACGCGCAUUAGGGACAGGAAUUGGUAUGUCCAGCCCUCGUGCGCGACGUCCGGGGAAGGACUCUGCGAAGGUCUGAUGUGGCUGACAUCCAAUUACAAAUCCUAAUCCCGGCUUUCUAUACCCACGCACAAGUCUCUAACCAGUGAAACCUUAUUCAACCCACCACCACCCUAUAGCCCCAUCCUCCCCCACUCAUCUGUUUGUCUCUCUCACUCUCUCAAAAUUGCCGGUGGGGUGGGACUGGAUCCCUGCUAUGGUACCUUGGCACCCACCCCCUAAAAUGGGGGGCCUAGGGUGUCAUGAAUGCUUUUUUUGGGGGGGGGGUGGCUCUUAGCCUUUUUUCCUCUUGUUUGAUUGUAAAUCCUGUAGUUUAUUAUUUAAUUAACUUGGGAAGCAGGGGAUGGGUGUAGACUCUCUCCUCCUCCCUCCCCCACCCCCAGCUGUGUUCACAGGGGCAGAUCAUCUGGUGCUACUGGUGUGCCCUCGACAUCAGCCCUUCUCACCUGUGGUUCAUGGAAUCCAUCCCUUUCCUUAUGUCCUGGCAGUUUGCAGAACCAACCAGGGGGUGGGGUGGGUGUUGGAGAUCUUAUACUAGGCACUUAAGAUUUUUCCAUUGGGGUGGCAGGUUUAUGGGGUCCCCCAUCCAGCUUCCCAAUAACCCACGAUUAUAAGAGUGUCCUUGUCUGUUGGGAGUGACAGCUGCAUGCCCCAAUCAAACUAAAACUUGGUUUCUCCUUAUUUAUCCUCCUGCCCCGCCAUUCUUCUCUGCCACUGACCCAGCCCAGGUGAGGCGUAAGGGCUGUCCCCCGUGUGGGAGGGGGCUGGGCUGUGCACACCUUGGUGACUAGCUUAGCCUGGCGUCCUGGGGAGACGCAGACACGCCCACAUGUCUCCUCCCAAACCAGUUUCCCCAGCACGUGGGCGGGGAGAAUCAAAGAGCCCAUUCAUCAGUUAGAGGAGUGGCUCUCCCCCGAAUCCUGGGACUACCUGUCCUUGCCGGCUGACAGUCCUGUUUGUGGGGAAGGCGGCCAUGGGCCUGGUGCAAAUCCGGGGGCCGUCAGUCUCCUGGGAUGUCAGUGGGCCUUGGGGGGAACCCUGUCCUUCCGGGCGGCGGGGAGGGGGAAAUCCACUCGGAGAUUGCAGGACCUGGUGCAAAGCGGCCGUGCCAAGCUGGAGCUGUUCCCCCUCCCUCUUAACCCUCUCACACGCACAGCACUUCUCCCUUGGGGAGUCCCCUGCCCCCUCCGAUUUCAGGCGGCUCACCUCCAGCCCAGCCCCUGGUUCGUGGGCCCUUUCCUCGCUGUUUGGGGAGGCGGGCGGGGCGAAGCUGCCACCUUGAGAAACCUGCUAGACGAGGGCGUGGAUUAAACUCCCUUUUUCCUUCUCUGCGUGGGUGCUGCUCCAACCAAACCCAGGGCUGGAAUGAGUUUGCAUGGCCUCUGCCCGCCCCACCUGAGGCCUGUUCUCACCCCCCCUCCCUUUCCCCUUGCCACACACAUCCACUGAGAUGUGCCCUCCCACCCUGCCAGGACCCCGCUGCCGUGGUUUUGAGCAGGGACUGGUCUGGGAAGGAGUCUCCGUAGAGCCAUGUCCCCGCAUCCCCUCCUUAUCUCUGAGUCCUGUGGGCAACCCUUGAGGGAAAUCACACACCACCAUCCCUGCAGCUGGGCUCCCAACCUACUCUGUGGGUGUGCCCCUCCUGGGAAAGAAUGAAUCAUAACUAGGAAAAGGGGCGGUGCCCUCCCCCCUCGGGUGCCUGUGUCUAAUUACUAAGGAGUCCACGCCAGCCAGGCCUUUUUUUGUUGCAAGCCGGCUCCUGGCAGCCCCAGUGCCACCCGAUCGUGGCGUGGUCCCUGCCUUCCACAAGACUUGGCCUUGUAAACUUUGUCCCUGCCUCUCACUCGAAACCGGCUCGGCCUCUUGGCACGGGGCACAGGACCUGCGCUGAUGGGGCGAGGGGAGACUAGCCACUGUCUUGAUGCUGCGUUUGUCCUUAAGCUUUCCAGCAUUGCCUUUCUGGGGGGGGGGGGAGGGGUGCUAGCAGUGUGGACUAGCACUUAAAGGGGCAGGUGUGCCAAUUCCCCCCCCCCCCCCGAAACCUGACGCACAUUUUGGCUGACAAGAAGCCCUGUGAUGCAAUAGAAGCGAUGUACGUGGCGGUGCCAGUUCCACCGUAGGGCUAGAGGCGAGUGCACGGUGGGCAGAUUUGGGAGCAGCGUUCCUUGAGCAUUCCAGCUUAGUACAUGUAUCUUCCUUUUGCUCCCCCCCCUUCCAAAAUCCCCCUUUGCCACCGGCACCAGUCUGCUCCUGCUCCCUGCUGAAAUGAAGCCGGGUGAGGGCUGCGUGUGUGAUUGAUGAUUCUGCGGCUCUUGUUUCCUGCGGGACGGCUGUGAUUCUUUGGGCAGGCUUGUCGUCCUGCAGAAAUGGCCUAGUUUUCCCCCCGCCCCUCCCCUCCCCUCCUGCAUCUUGUACAGGGUGAGCAGGCGAAAGCACUUAAAAGUCUGGGCUUGGGCCUGGCACGAGCAGCUUCUACUGUAGGGGCGACUGCAGAGCGUGAGUCCCAUGUAUUCUUCCUCCGAACUCGGCUGACCGGCCCUGUUAACGGUGCGUGCCCACUUUCCCGGCCCCGAUUCCAUAGGCACAGAACUCUGUGUGUAGGGGGCUCCACCGGCCCUACAAAUUUAGCAGACGCUGCUGCAGGGUGGUGUCAUAAGGCCGUUUCCACUCACUGGUUGGGGCCGUUAAAUAAGCGUCUCCUCAUUCCACAGACGUUCAUCUCAAGUGCGUGUGUGUACGCCCGCUGGCGUGGGAGCGGAGUCCGCUGUGCGGUGGGUGGCCACCUCAUCUCCCCCGUGAUCCUGCAUCUAGUUUGGUUCUGAUCAGAGCCGGUGGGGCGUUCACCUUCCCUGUGGGCGGUGGGGAUGAGGAGGGGCUGUCUAAUACCUUCCUCCCGAAGGGGAGAGAAUUGGAGACUCUCUUGUGCCUUUACUGAAGUGCCACUGUUGCUUAAAGGAAAACAAAGGUACUGUACGAGUAAGAUGUGCUCAAAUCCGCUGGGGGCUGUAAUCUGCUUGGGGAGAUGCUACACGGGAAGUAUUCUCUGCUGAUGAACUGCCUACUGUGCAUGUAAUCUGGGAAGAUUGGGCAUCUCCCGUUUUUUUUCUUUGGUAAAUUUCUCCCUGCAGCCGGAGGCGCGGCGAGUGCAGUGUGUUUCAAAGG